CGUAUAUAUAAUUUUCCUCGAUUGAUGAUGAUAUGGUAGCAUCGCCGGCAUCGCGCGUUUGUUUUGUCGCCGGCGAUCGAUCGAGAUGGAAGAGAUCCCCACCGUCAGCGGUGGCCGUAGAGAAGGAGGACGACGCAGCAGCGCCAAGCCAAGAGGAUUCAAGACGGGGACAAGGAAGCUCCGGCUGUGCAUCCGCGACGAGCGCGGCAUCAGGAUAUGCGAUGACGAGGGCGCCGCCAUGCUGCGGACCACGCCGCUAGGGCGCGAGGUAGCGUUCAGGGAGGACCUGCGGGCGGCGACGGUCGUCUACUACCAUCUCAAGAGUAUGGGCAUGUUCAAGUGGAAGGCCUACAAAAAGCAGCGGAAAACCAUCCGGGGCCUCAUCAGGACCAUCCACCAGGCAGCCACGCGGUACAAGGACCGCCGCCUGGACGCCGGCUUCUUCUACCUGGUGCCGAGAGAGGAGGACCUCACCGUCGAGGUCCGCAGCCACUUGUACCACAUGCCGCUCCGGGAAGCGGUGCGGAGGUGCCGGCUGCAGCUCGAAAAGAGAAGAGACGUUCUUGAAAACAAGAGCAAGGCCGCUUCUUCUUCUCAGGGUCAGGCUCAGGUAUCCGAUGCCGGCACUGCGGGAUGGCUCUCGCCCGCUGCUAGAUUCAUGUUGUGGACGACGCUGUCGUCCGUGGUUCUAGGUUGUAUCAUUGUCCGUAUCUGA